AUGAUCCUUGGUGUCGGGGACGGCACCUUUGCCAUUCUGCUCGUUACUGUUUUUGGAAUUAUCGUCACGCUUGUAGGAUCAUAUGUGCAGCCUCGUUGGGCGCUGUUCAUCGGUGUUGUCUGCUUGUCGUUGCCGUUUAUCGUCUAUGGGUGUAUUCUCUCCGCCCCACGCGAGCAGCUGCCCUCGGUGUUGCCUGUGACGCCGUACAAUAGAGAGCGACAGCUUCCGUUGGAUGCGGUCGUGGUGGAUUACUUCUUCCCUGUCCGUAUUAUGGCGAUGCUACUGCUGUUGCUUGCGUUUCUUGUGGCGGCGGUGUACAACGUUCUUCUGGUCGUCUGGGAGCCGCCGUACAAGGCGCCAAGGGUGCGGUGCCUACGGGAGCGGCUGGAGGAAUUGCACCCGACAUGGUGUAGAUGA